AGACGCGUGCGGACAAGAUGGCGGAGAGCAGCGCGGCCAAGCGGCUCAAGGGGGUUGAAGACAGGAAGGUGGACUGGCGGCGCUGGAAGCAGGAGAGGAAAGCGGAGAAGAAGAAAUGGAGAGAGGUGAAGCUGCUGAAGAAGCUGGAGAAGCAGCGGCUGCGGGAGCUGGCGGAGAAGGAAGCCGAGAAGCGAGAGGAGCAGAAGGAAGAGAAAGGGCGGCCCUACACGCUGAGCGUGGCUCUGCCGGGCUCCAUCCUGAACAAUGCCCAGUCCCUGGAGCUCAGGACAUACCUGGCUGGACAGAUUGCCCGGGCCUGUGCCAUCUUCAGUGUGGAUGAGAUCGUGGUGUUUGAUGAGCACGGAGAGGAUGUAAAGAGUGUGGAAGGGGACUUUGAAGGAAUUGGGAGGAAGGGCAAGGCCUGUGUGCAGCUGGCUCGGAUCCUGCAGUAUCUGGAGUGCCCUCAGUACUUGAGGAAAUCCUUUUUCCCAAAGCAUGAGGAUCUGCAGUUUGCAGGUAAUGACUCACCUGUCCCUGUCCCAAGCUGUUGGCUCCCCGCUGCUGAGCUCUGCCUGGGAUGCACACAACUGUGGCUGAGGUGCUGUGCUGGACCAGGGAGGGAGGGGCAGCAGCACACUUGUACCCACACCUCUGUUGCCACAGUUGCUGCCCUCUGUGCUGUUGUAGGGCUCCUCAACCCCCUGGACACCCCCCACCACAUGCGGGUGGAUGAGGACUCAGAGUACCGGGAGGGUGUCGUGUUGGACCGGCCCAUGAAGCCAGGCAAAGGCUCCUUUGUGAACUGUGGCAUGAAGAAGGAGGUGCAGAUUGACAGACAGCUGCAGCCUGGUCUGCGAGUCACCGUGCGCCUGCAGGAGCCCCAGAAUCCAGAAGCUAAAGUGAGGAAAGGCACCGUGGUGUCCUCACAGCACCCUCGCACAGCCGCGGGGCUCUACUGGGGUUACAGCGUCCGCCUCGCCUCCUGCCUCAGUGCUGUCUUUUCCGAGUGCCCGUUCAAGGACGGCUACGAUCUCUCCAUUGGCACCUCGGAGCGGGGCAGCUCCGUGGACCAGGCAACUCUCCCCUCCUUCAGGCAUGCCCUUGUCGUGUUUGGAGGCCUGGAGGGCUUGGAAGCUGGGCUUGACGUGGACCCAAACCUGGAGGUCACCGACCCGAGUGUCUUAUUUGACUUGUACCUGAACACUUGUCCCAGGCAGGGCAGCAGAACCAUCCGCACAGAGGAGGCGUUGCUGAUCUCUCUCUCUGCUCUGAGACCCCUCAUCGAUGAGGCUGUGAAGACACCCAGCGACAGCUGAGGGAAGGACAAGCCCUGACCUUCCCCCUCAGGGGAGUGGUUCAAGCGUAGGGGGCUGGGCCCGUGGGCUGUCCCUCAGGCUGGCAGCAGCGCUGCUCCAGCAAGGGGCCGGUUGCUGUUGGGAGCAGCAGUUCUGCGCCCUCGUGCCUGUGUGGUCCUGCCAAGGGCUGGCUGCUGCCUCCCAGCAGUGGGGACUGGCCUGGCAGCAGACUGGGGCUCAGAAUAAAGCAGUCUGGAACAUCA